CAUUAACUUGCAACCACGCACAAACACGUUUCCCGCACCACAAUCGCCUCCACUGCUGCCAGAAACUACGCGUAUCAGCGAUUCUCGUGAGCCCUGAACCGCAUCAGCCCGCCGAGUGUUGGCUUGACCAGAACAAUUGCAAGCCCGACCCCAGUCGCCACCACACUGCCGAUAACGCGCGACCGCACGCCUUCCAUUCCGCACGAGCGACCACGACCAGAUAUCUUCGCACGCGACGACCACCAUAUCAUCGGGAAGCAAGAGUAGUAAAUCACACACGGUUAUCCUCCGCUCCGCCCCCGGAGUGCAGAUCCGUGCUUCGCCCGCACCUUUAAACAAGCCGUGCACGCGCAAGUGUACAGCGAGGUGCCACGAAGCUCCAAGGAUCUGUCACCCAAGGCCACGCCUCUGCAGCCUAUGAGCAGCCUCCUGUGGCAAGCCUUCUACGACGACUCGAUCGAUGCCUUCGAAAGGUGUCUCGAGGCCGCGGCGCAAAAUGCCCGAUCGGUACAUGUGUCACGCGGUGGGCCAUCGCAUGGAAGUUCUGCCACCAUAGGCAGCCCAGAUUAUGCUUCAUCGCCGAGCACGUUGGCGAGAAGUCGGAAAUCACACACACCCAGAACACCUGCUGUUGGCGCAGUUGUCCUCAGCAAAGCUGAUAUCAAUGGACGGGACAACCAGGGCAUGACAUUGCUGCAUCACGUUGCUUCCUGCACAACGGAGAAUGCGGUGGCAUUCGCAACUGCCUUGAUCGAUCACCCGCUUAUCGAUCUGUAUGUUCAGGAUCUGGAGAAUGGAUGGACAGCUCUGCAUCGUGCCUUCUACUUCGGCAAUGUCACCAUUGCUCGCUUGAUUCUCGAACGCGAUAGCGGCAACAUCUUUGCCUCGAAGCAGGUCAAUCAGCUGCUGAAAGUGAAGGAUAGAGAGGGUCUUGGCCCCCUUGAUUUGUAUGCUGCUACAAUCAAAGACCGGACGUUGCGACCUGAGGCGACCGGACGUCGUCGUUCUGCUUCGGAUGCAAGUGAGGAAGACAUACCAGGUCCGGAUGGAGAGGACGAGUCCACCUCCUCAAGGAUCCAAUCUACAGAGAUCGGCGGCGAUCAAUUGUUCUCGUUCGGCUCCGGAAGCAAUAACAACCUGGGUCUGGGAGACCAAGAUGAUCGAGCAUUUCCCGAACGUGUUACUCUGCGCCGACCGGAGCACCUUUUACGGCGCUUCUACUCCGAGUAUUUGAAGCAGCAUGACCUGAAAUGGGCAAUGCAUGACCCGACAUAUCAACGCGAGGCGAUCGAUAUUCGUGGCAUGUGGAUCGAAGACAUGCCAUGGGUAAUUCGAUCCCGCCCUCUGGUUAUUCAAGACGUCUUCAUGUCGAAGCUGCACAGCGCAGUUUUGACGAGUGAUCCGAUCUCCAACCUGUACAUGUGCGGCCAUGGGCAGGGUGGCCGCCUAGGCACUGGAGAUGAACGUACGCGCUUCACCUACGUUUGCGUCGAGGGCGGGGCCUUGACGGGCAAACAUGUCGCCACUGUUGCUCUUGGACUCAAUCAUUCUCUUGCUUUGGACGAGGCGGGAGAGAUCUAUUCGUGGGGCAACAAUGCCUACGGACAGCUCGGCUUUAGCCUGCCGAAGACCUCUGGAGACGAAGAUCCCAUCUCUACGGUCCCACGCCAGAUUUUUGGGUCGCUGAAAAGGGAAACAGUACAGGGCAUUGCUGCUUCACGCUUCCAUUCUGUUGCCCACACUUCCACUUCACUGUUCACAUUCGGCAAAAAUGAAGGUCAGCUUGGCAUCGUGGAUUCCGAUGCACGCUCUUUGGAAUUCCAGACAACGCCUCGAAAGGUCGCGGCAUCGCUCUUUUCUUCGCCCAUAUCAGCAGUCGCGGCGAUCGAUCGAGCAACAGUGUGUCUCCUGGACAACCAUGAUGUUUGGGUGUUUGCAAAUUAUGGCUACGCGAAGAUCCAGUUUCCAUUGGAUGGGUUCACGAACUACUUUCUGAAGCAGAGUUUCCUGGUGACCACGUAUGACACUGCACCCAACAGAGUCAUCAAGAUCACUGCCGAAGGAGAUACCAUUUGCGCUCUCAGCAGCCGAGGAGAGAUCUUCACUGUGUCCAUCAGUCAGCGAGCUGAUGAUAGAUCGAGUGUUUCUACCACUAAUCCUGCGAAGAUCCGAAGCGCAAUCAGCCAACCCCAGCGUAUCUGGUCUCCGAAGAAGAGCAAUAUGGCUGCGAGAGAUGUCGGCCUCGAUGCAGAUGGCUCUGUCAUCCUCAGCACAGAUGAGGGUAGUGUAUGGAAACGCACUCGACGCGCGAAGAUUAAGGAUUCCACGGUCACCGCCGCUUCAGAGUAUCGCCCGAAAGACUACAAGUUCUCCCGGAUUCCUGGUCUCACUCGCGUUUUGGCGGUUCGCGCCUCCGGAAGCGGUGCAUAUUCUGCGCUUCGGUACGAUUGUGACGUGCUUCGAAAACAGAUUGUGAUUGAGGAUCCGUCGUUGUGGAAACACGUAUUCCCUCUCAUGUCAUUUGGAGACUUCGGUGACAACGACAGGCGAAGUGAUGACGAUGAUACACGUCCACGAUUCUGGCAAGGCCCCAAGAAACACGACCGCCUCGCCGCUGUCAAAAAGGCUAUCCUUGGUAGUGCCGACAUUGACGCUGAUCUCCGAGCGUACUUCGCAAAUGCUUCGGCCACUUCGGAUCACAGUUUUAACGCAUGCAUAGCAACAACAACCUCAGAUGUCCAGAUUCCAGUACAUCGGUUUAUGCUCACUGCGCGGAGUCGAGUGUUAAGACGAGGCUUUCGGGACUUGUGUGAAGCAAGUACCUUCACUAUCCCCGAUCUGUGUCAGUCCGAAAUAAACGAACACGGACAACUAGUACUCACUUUCCAAGGUGUAGACCUGCUCACUAUCGUGGAUCUGGCAAUGUAUCUGUACACCGACGAUGUAGUCCCGUUCUGGAAUUUCACAAAGGCGGCACCAAAAAUGGCUUAUUCUUAUAAAGAGGUUCGUGCCGAGCUGAUGAAGAUUUCACAUAAGUUAGAGAUGCGAGCUUUGGAGCCUGCGGUGCGCCAGAUGGUUUCCCCGCAUCCGUGCCUCAAUAUGGAUCUGGAGCUUGCCUACGCUGAUCCGGCUUUCUUCUAUGAUGCAGAUAUUGUCGUUGAACUAGAAGAUGACGAGGAGAUCAAGCUGCACAGCGCGCUGGUUUGCGCGCGGUGUCCAUUCUUCGAGGGAUUGUUCAUGGGACGGUCCCGCGGGGCUUGGAUUGCUGGGCGAGCUGACGGCGACCAUGUCAAAGUCGAUCUCAAGCAUGUCAGCGCGAAGACCUUUGCCAUGGUAUUGAGACACAUAUAUUGCGAGGCUGGAGUGGAGCUCUUUGACGACAUUGUCAGCACAGAUACCGACGAUUUCCUCGAUACGGUAACUGAUGUCCUCAGUUGUGCCAACGAGUUGAUGUUGGACCGGCUCAGUCAGGUUGCGCAGUCCGUAGCUGGACAAUAUGUCAACGUGCGAAACGUUUGUGGGCUUCUGAACGCCAUGGCACCUAGUGCUGUCCGCGAAUUUCUGGAUGCUGGUUUGGAAUACUUGUGCCUUAAUCUGGAAGCCAUGCUGCAAGGUCACUACCUCAACGAGCUCGAUCCUGAUCUAUUGGAAGAGCUGGACGAAGUCGUAAGAGCCAAUCAACUUGCUUGCAUGCCCUUCGCCAAAAGUGGUCGAGCUGAGCAGCUGCUUCACGAUCGUCAUCCUGCACUGGCAGAAGCAAUUGAUCGGAAUAGGCGCAGGAAAAUUGAUGCUGUAGCACUACGAGCGAAGUUCAACGACGUGCUUAGCCCUGGGGUUUUUAACGAUGCUUCCAGCAACUCUCCAGCGCAUCACAGGGCUAGACGACGGUCAUCUCAGGUCGCGAAACCCGAGUCAGUGCGUGAAGUGCCUUCGCUCAAAGCGAAGGCAUCCACCAAGGACAUGAUGUUUGACAUGGACGAGGACCAAGACCAAGCAUCGGCACGCCUAUCCCCCGUCAUCAGACCAAUGAUGAGUCCUCGAGGCCUUGAUGCCACAUUUCAGAACACGCCCCCCGAUGAAACGUGGUUCGACUCUCGCGGCAAAGCAGUACCUUCACCUAAACUUGCACCGCACUCUACUACUCCUGGCGCCAUUACUCCGAGGACACCCAAAUCACCACUGCUUGGUGCCAAUGCAGGCAAACCAUGGUCGCUCGCAGCCUUGUCCAGCAAGGUGGACAUGAAAGAUAUCCUACAGCAGACGUCAACUUCGGAUCGUACCUCCAAUCUCACCCAAGGCCUUGCUUCCGCAGCCAGUCCGCCGCAGAACGUGCCAGCACCUUUCAGCCUACCAGCGCCAAAGAUGAGUCAGAAGGAGCGAAAGCGCAUGCAACAAGCGCAGCUCCAAGGAGCGGUGUCGGUCUCGCCGGCGAACCAAGCCCAAGGGGAACCAGCUAAGCCAUUUUCGUGGCAGACAAUAUCCUCACAAAAGCGACCCACGCUGAAGAAUGUCAUGGAGAGUGAGACAUCGACUCCAAGCGGGUCACCCAAUUCACGUUCGAACAGCACACCGCAGAUGACCAUGAGGCAGACAGUGGCCAAUCCCAAGCAUGCCAAGCAAGCCAUCGGACCGCGUGUAGUACAGCAGAGGAGCGUGUCAGACAGUAAGCAAGUGUCACUGGUCAGCGGACCGCAGGGGACCAAUCAAGGCAAAGUGCAGACUCUGCCAGUAUCGCAGCCAUCGAGCAGUAGACCUAUACCCCAAUCGAUUCGUCACCAGCCUAUGGUGGAGGUGGAUCUGGGCUUGAGCAUGUCGGAAAUAGUUGCUCAACAGCAGAUCGAAAAGGAGAUCAUCCGGGAAGCUGUGGCAAAGCGAGACUUGCAAGAUAUCCAAGCAGAGCAGGAGUUCCAGGAGUGGUGGGACAAAGAGAGUGCUCGCGUACAACAAGCGGCGCAACAGGACAGCGCGGGACCAGCGAAGGGUUCUCGUAGAGGACGAGGGCGAGGCGGUGCACGCGGAAGGGGCAAGAAGCCUGGGGGUGAAGGCAACGCAAAAGGCACUACCCAAGCAACCAAGGUCGAUGGCAAAAAGUAGUGGUGUCUCAAAUGGCCCUCUGCAGUACCAUUGUGCCCGAGGCCACGCUCACGCGCAGAGAAGGUCCUAUCUUCCUGGAGAAAGGCGUCGGCCCCGGCACUAUGUUCCGAUGUAUAGCUUAGACAUGGCAUGCGGCGUGAGAGAUAAAAUGGCGAUGCUUCUUCAUAUGCAAGGUCUACAGAAUAGACUUGAUAGAUAACACGGUAACACAAGGCUCACGCCGAGUUUAUCCGACAA